AUGAGGAGUCCUCAAGCAGUUCCAAGCAGUGGAGGAAUCACGGCGGCCCUGGCGAGCGUUUGGGUGCCGCUGGGCGUGGACGACGAGUGGGUAGACAUGGUGAGUAUAUUAGGACAAUUCAUUAAUCGCCCCGAAGCUUUCGAAACAUGCAUCAGCAGCAACUUCGUCGAGGGCUUAACCCUUUUGCGCGACAUGCCCGACAAGGUUGUUGGGUGGGCCACAAGAUGUUCUCCAGAACUCCCGGGUUGGUCGACUGAAGAACUGCGACAGGUGAUUGUCUCUAACCAGGCAUUCCGGGUACAUUUGUAUAGAGCGGUUGCAGACUGCCUAUUUUCGAUACAUGCCGUGACGGAGAGGCAUCCCGAGUCCUGUGGGGUUCCGGAGGUCCUUCGCCAACGAUUGCGCAAGUGGGCAAGGAUGCUAAUUGAAGGGGGCCAGUAUCCUGCGCCGUCUGCCACCAAUGUCACUGACUUCCAGGGGCUUGAGUUCUCUUUGGUCGCGGCGAUGCGCCUUCCAAUCACAAACGAGUUCACGAAGAAGACCCAUACUUUUAUUAUUCCCUCCUUCGAGCCACGGGCUAUCAGCAACUCUUCCCCCACCAAUCCUGAACUACCAUUGGCUCUCCAGAUUAUCGAGAAAGCCCUGGCACACCACUCUAGAAACGAGGCCGUAGGCCUUGUCAUUACCCGCUCAUUCGAAGAUGGUCGGAUGACCUGCGUAAGGAGCACGGAAUGGGAAGACUGUUCAUAA